ACUUUCUUUAUUGGUGCCCCCAAUAGUUAUAAUUUCUAGAUCCGCCCCUGCCCCAGUCCCGUCCCAAAGUUCCCCUGCCCCAGCCCUUGUCCCAAAUCCCGGCCCAAGCCAUCGCAAUACCACCUCCCAACCUCAAAGCUAGCUGCCGUAAUCUAGAUCUAGAUCACCCGGCCGCACUACGAAGGGAGAAGACGGGAGCGCGGACGGCAAAUACUAGGACGAGGGCGGCCCGGCGGCGAUCCCUCUGCUCUGUCCGUGGACGCGACGGAGAUGGGCCAGAUGGCCUGGGGAGUGGUCUCCUCUGCUCCUACGACGGCCUUUGGAGAUGUCUGCUCAUGCGACAGGCUAUGGCGUUCCUUGGUUGAUGAAUGAUGAUGUUGGCCUGGCUUCAGAGACGAAAACAAAAUAAUGGGCUGGGAUGGAAGUAACGGGCCGGAUAAGUCAGAUAUUUGGAAAAUAGGAAAAGCAGUCACUUUUUUGUAUUUCACUAACCUAUUAGUCAUAUACGUGUCUUUAUUCCUAACCCAGUAGCACUAGCAUUUUAAUACUUCAAAAAAAAAGCUAAAAUUUUAAUCGCUUGGAGCUUCGCCCCAAAACCCUGCGCAUACCAAAGCUGCUAUUCCACUCCCUGGAGCUGCGAUUGCUACUGCCGGGACCUGCAACCUCUACUACUAAACUUGCGACUGCUACUGGGAGGACCGGAGGACCUGCGGGUGCUACACGGCUGCUGCGAGGAGCUGCUAUUGUGACGUGAACAGGAUUGGUCAAAGACUGAAAAUUGCAGUUUUGUUCUCUAGCCUUUGAGAAAUGGCUUUGAUUCAUCCUAAUCUCUGUCCUUCAGUAGCUUCUUCAUCAUCUGCCUUCCUAAGCCAGAACAAGCUCAAGUUAAGGGCUCAACAAUUGUCUCUAGUGCGGACAACUACUGGGAUUGUGAGAUGUGUUGCAACACCAGAGAAAACUGCUUUCAAGACCAGCGUCUCCCGCAAUGAAAACUUAGGGAAACUUCAAGCUGGUUAUCUCUUUCCUGAAAUUGCUAGAAGGAGAGCUGCACACAUGUUGAAGCACCCUGACACCCAAAUUAUAAGCCUUGGAAUUGGAGACACUACUGAACCCAUUCCUGAAGUGAUAACAUCUGCCAUGGCAAAGAGAGCCCAUGCAUUGUCUACUCUUGAGGGUUACAGUGGUUAUGGAGCUGAACAAGGAGAAAAGAAAUUGAGAUCUUCAAUAGCAUCAACUUUUUACUCAAAUCUUGACAUAGAGGAUGAUGAUAUUUUUGUGUCAGAUGGUGCUAAAAGUGAUAUAUCACGCCUUCAGGUUCUUUUUGGAUCUAAUGUGAUCAUGGCUGUGCAAGACCCAUCAUACCCGGCUUAUGUGGAUUCCAGUGUGAUAUUGGGCCAAACUGGGCAGUACCAAAAAGAUGUUGAGAAGUAUGGGAAUAUUGUUUACAUGAAAUGUACACCAGAAAAUGGAUUUUUCCCCAACCUAUCAUCUGUUCCUCGGGCAGAUAUCAUAUUUUUCUGCUCACCUAAUAACCCAACUGGUUCAACCGCAUCAAGGGACCAGCUAACCAAAUUGGUACAAUUUGCAAAGAGCAAUGGGUCAAUCUUAGUCUAUGAUUCUGCAUAUGCAAUGUAUAUAUCAGAUGAAAGCCCAAAAUCCAUAUUUGAGAUUCCAGGAGCCAAAGAGGUUGCGAUUGAGGUGUCCUCGUUUUCCAAGUAUGCUGGCUUCACUGGCGUCCGCUUAGGUUGGACCGUCGUUCCAAAAACUCUCCUUUUUUCUGAUGGAUUCCCUGUGGCCAAGGAUUUCAAUCGCAUUGUCUGUACAUGCUUCAACGGCGCAUCAAAUAUUGCACAAUCUGGGGGUCUUGCAUGCCUUUCGCCAGAAGGGUUUGAGGCAAUGUUGGAAACAGUUAGCUAUUACAAAGAGAACACGAGUAUCAUAAUGGAGACAUUUACUUCACUAGGGUUUAAGGUGUAUGGAGGAAAGAAUGCACCAUACGUGUGGGUCCAUUUUCCUGGCCGGAGCUCGUGGGAGGUGUUUGGCGAGAUUCUUGAGAAGACUCAUGUUGUAACCACCCCUGGAAGUGGGUUUGGACCGGCCGGAGAAGGUUUUGUUAGGGUUAGUGCCUUUGGACACAGAGAGAAUGUUUUGGAAGCCUGCCGGAGAUUCAAGCAGCUAUACAAGUGAUAACUAGAACUGUUCUACCAAUUGUUCUCUUUUUCCUGGACUUGUUUUAUUUUUUAGGUACAUUGUUAUAUUGUGAUAUUGUCCAAGCUUGACCGAGCUGUUCGUCAUUGCGCCUACUAGUCAACUUUGCCUAUUUGUCUUAGAAUUCAAAUAACACGCUUUGACAGCAUUGUUUAAAAAACGGGAAGUUUCUCAAUAGGAGUAAAAACAAGGUAAUUUCGACAGAAAGAUGUGCUAUUUUUCUCUUUAAAUAGGACUUGGAUAUUGCUG